CGGGCCAUAGUCUUCUGAUAAAGAGGAGUGUUCCGCCAUUGUGCGCGCACUUCCAUCCAGCAAGCCAAAGAACGUCGAGCUUACGUCGUUACUAUUAUUUGACAAAAUGAGGGAAAUUGUGCAUCUUCAGGCAGGCCAGUGUGGAAACCAGAUUGGUGCUAAGUUCUGGGAGGUCAUCAGUGAUGAGCAUGGCAUUGACCCAACUGGUACUUACCAUGGUGACAGUGACCUGCAACUGGACAGGAUCAAUGUCUACUACAAUGAAGCUUCAGGUGGAAAAUAUGUUCCCCGUGCUGUACUGGUAGACCUGGAGCCAGGCACAAUGGACUCUGUGAGGUCUGGGCCUUUUGGUCAGGUCUUCCGACCAGACAACUUUGUGUUCGGCCAGAGUGGUGCUGGUAACAACUGGGCUAAGGGUCAUUACACAGAGGGUGCAGAGCUGGUGGACUCAGUCUUGGAUGUCGUCAGGAAGGAAGCUGAAAGCUGUGACUGCCUCCAAGGUUUUCAGCUCACGCACUCUCUCGGUGGUGGUACCGGCUCCGGAAUGGGCACACUGCUCAUCAGCAAAAUCCGUGAAGAGUACCCAGACCGCAUCAUGAACACCUUCAGUGUGGUGCCUUCUCCAAAAGUAUCCGACACAGUGGUUGAGCCCUACAACGCUACACUGUCUGUCCACCAGCUGGUAGAGAACACAGACGAGACCUACUGCAUCGACAAUGAAGCGCUGUACGAUAUCUGCUUCCGCACACUCAAGCUCACCACUCCCUCUUACGGCGACCUCAACCAUCUGGUCUCGGCCACCAUGAGCGGCGUCACUACCUGCCUCAGGUUCCCCGGACAGCUCAACGCUGACCUGCGCAAACUGGCCGUCAACAUGGUGCCCUUCCCCCGUUUGCACUUCUUCAUGCCAGGCUUUGCCCCCCUCACAAGCAGAGGCAGCCAGCAGUACAGAGCCCUCACUGUGCCCGAGCUCACCCAGCAGAUGUUUGAUGCCAAAAACAUGAUGGCCGCUUGCGAUCCACGCCAAGGUCGCUACCUGACUGUGGCUGCCAUCUUCCGUGGCCGCAUGUCCAUGAAGGAGGUGGAUGAGCAGAUGCUCAAUGUGCAGAACAAAAACAGCAGCUACUUCGUCGAAUGGAUCCCCAACAACGUCAAGACCGCUGUGUGCGAUAUCGCUCCUCGGGGCCUCAAGAUGGCCGCCACCUUCAUUGGCAACAGCACAGCCAUCCAAGAGCUGUUCAAGCGUAUCUCUGAGCAAUUUACAGCCAUGUUCAGGCGCAAGGCUUUCCUCCACUGGUACACGGGCGAGGGCAUGGAUGAGAUGGAGUUCACAGAGGCUGAGAGUAACAUGAACGACCUGGUCUCAGAGUACCAGCAGUAUCAGGAUGCAACUGCUGAGGAUGAAGGUGAAUUCGGUGAUGAUGAGGAUGAAAUUAUGGAUUAAUUUUCCAAUCCCCCAUCAAUUUCUUUAAUUUGAAACUUUCUCCAAGUCUUCUCUCUUUUACUGCUUUCAAGUCAAAUUCAAUGUUUUGUGUAUGGUGAAAGUCACGUUUUUUCUUUGGUUUUUUUUCUUUUGUUUAAAUAACAUGUGUAGUAUGACUACAUAGUGAAAUGUUCAAGGUUUUCCAGAAAACAAACAUUUGUGUAAUUGACAGUGUUUUCAAUUAAACUUGGGUCAAAUAAA